AUGGCUUUCAUCCAAGACCCCCGCCUCCGCCAAACCUGGAACCAGCUCUCCCACACCACCGAAACCGUCACCUCCGACGCCGCAGCAGGCAUCUGGACCUUUGGCCACCGCUACGUCAACCCCUGUCUGGCCUCGCUCGCCGGCGCCGUCGACUCGUGCACGUCUGUCUGUCUCGGAGACCGCGAGGAACGGGCGCGCCGUGCUCGCGAGCGGGACUGGGGGGCGCGCGGGAUUAGGUGGGCUGGAGGAGGAGGAGGUGGUGGUACUGGUAGUGGUACUGGGCACGGAAGUAGUGGGCCGUGGAGGAGGAGUGGGGUGGAGUAUAGUUUUGAUUUUUACGAUGAUUGGGAGGAGGACUAUUUUGCGGCGGAGGGGUUUUUGGAUGACGAGGAGGAGAGUGGGAGGGGGUAUUUUGGCGGGGAUGAGGGGGAUGGUGGGAGGCGGGCUGGUGGAGGAGGAGGAGGGAUCUUGAGAGGGGACUGGGAUCGGUUGUUGGUUGGGUCGGGAUCGGGGGGUCGAUCGCGGCAUGGUGGCAGUGGAGCGGGGGAUGUGGUGGACCAGCCGAGACGGAAGAGGGGGAUGAGUUACGGGACGAGAGGCGUAGCAGGGAGGAGGAAGGUGUCUGGGGAAGAAGACCCGAAUGUAAUACCACGGACGGCGCCGCUGGGGUUUCUCGGGAGGCUGCCAUUCAAGAUUGUGGGGAGUCUGCGGUAUAAGCCCUCAGCGGCGAACCUGCGCGAGCAUCCCGGUGCUGGAUCGGGGACGACGGCGGCCGCGCAGCGGGGGGGAUACCAAGGCGAGAGGGAUAUGGGAAGCCGUGGCGAACAGGAGCCAUUACUCGGCGCGAGCAGCCAUGGUGGCGAAGACGCGACGACAACUAGCCUAGCCGAGCAACGAAAACGGCCACGAAGCAACACGACCAACUCGGGCGACACAUCCAGCUCGUACCGAUCACGGGGGGACUUGUUCCCUAGCGAUGGAGAAGGAGACGAAGAUGCGGUGCCACUCGACGAUGAGUUCACCGUCGCGCUCGAACGGGUCGACGACCGGGGGAGUACCAAGACAAGGAGUAGCAAGGGCAAGCGGCGGGCGGGCGAUCGCGAGCGCGAUCCUGACAAGGGGCUGUCGAGGACGGUCUCGCGCACGACGCUCUCAUCAACAGAUCAGUCCGGGGGCGAGCAUAAAUGGGAGAGCAACCCGGUAUCGCCCGUGCGGGAGGUGGAAGACAGUGGUAUUCUGGUAUCGGCAGCACAGUCACUGGAAGAUCUCCAGCGCGAGGAAGAGCAGGCGGAGCGGGAGGAGCAUGAGGCGAUUGAACGGAGACGGAGGGCGGCGGAACAGUUGGCUGUACAGCGGGGGUUGAGGAGAGAGGCCGUAUCGAAUGAAGUGACAGAGGAGGCUGGGACACACGGCACUGUUGUACGAGUUGAGGGUAACAAUCACGCUGAUAACUACGGGCACCACGAUAACCAUAACAACGAGAAUCAGGACAACGACGAGAGCAAAGGCGGUUAUGGCCUAGAUGAAGCAAAUACCGAGGAAUCGAAACCCCCACCACCAACAACAGAACCCGCGCGGUCAUCCGCAGUGGCGCAUAUGAAUGGAAAGUCGCGCGAGGCGAGCAGCACCUUUGUACCAGCGCGGUUGCCGCAUUUUGGGUGA